AUGAAUCUGCCUCCAGACAAGGUGAAGAUCCUGUGUCAGUAUGACAACGAGAAGAAGUGGGAACUGGUCUGUGAUCAGGAACGGUUCCAAGUGAAGAAUCCACCCUCUGCUUACUUGCUGAAGCUCAGAAGUUAUCUUGACCAGGGAGGGGUUAGUCGUAAGUUCAAGAGGCGUGUCCAGGAGUCCACACAGGUCUUGAGAGAGCUGGAAAUUUCCCUGAGGACCAAUCAUAUUGGCUGGGCUCAGGAGUUCCUCAGUGAGGAGAACCGGGGCCUGGACUUCCUGGUUGACUAUAUGUCCUUCGCCCAAUGUGCCGUCACCUAUGACAUGGACAGUUUGGACAACGGGACAGCCACACCUGACAAAUCUGUGGAGGACUUGACGAGGAGUGCCGGUAACUCUCCAAUCCAUAGUGCUUCUAAAGCUGCUCGUUCCCUUACUGUGAGGAAAGCGAUGAGGAACUCACGCCUCGUCAGUCAGAAAGACGACGUUCACCUCUGCAUCAUGUGCCUCCGUGCAAUCAUGAACUACCAGUCUGGGUUUAACCUGGUGAUGACCCACCCGUGUUGUGUGAACGAGAUCACCCUCAGCCUCAACAACAGGAACCCCAGGACCAAAGCUCUAGUGCUGGAGCUGCUGGCUGCUGUAUGUCUAGUGAGGGGCGGUCAUGACAUCAUCCUCUCCGCUUUUGACAACUUCAAAGAGGUAUGUGGAGAGAGGAGCCGAUUCGAGAAGCUCAUGGAGUAUUUCUCCAAUGAAGACAGCAACAUUGACUUCAUGGUGGCGUGCAUGCAGUUCAUCAACAUCGUGGUCCACUCCGUUGAGAACAUGAACUUCAGGGUUCAUCUGCAGUAUGAGUUUAGCCACCAUGGCCUGGAUGACUACCUCCAGGUGAGUGAUACUGAAUCACAGAGAGAAGUUAGGUUAAAGUUCACGGAGAGUGACAGGCUGCUGGUGCAGAUCCAGGCCUACCUGGACAACGUGUUUGAUGUGGGGGCUCUGCUGGAGGAUGCGGAGACCAAGAACGCCCUGUUGGAGCACAUGGAGGAGCUGCAGGACCACAAUGCACAGAUAAGCAGCAGAUUGCAAGAGAGUGAGAGGGAGGCGUUGGAGACAGUGUCAGAGUUGGAGAAACAUCUCAUCCAGACCACCAAAGAGGUGGAGCUGCUAAAGGAGAGUCUGCGUGAGUCCUGUGUCCAGGUGACCAUUCUACAACAGAGGGAGAUAGAGAGAGAGAUAGAACGAGAGAGGGAAAGAGAGAGGCAGAGGGAUAGAGAUCGUUCGGCCCAGGCCUUGGCGGAGCUGGAGGAGAAAGUUCAGGGGCUUGUGGACCAGCAGCUGAUUCGAAUGGAGCGCUCGUCCUCGGGACACCUGGACCUCCAUGUCAUCCCUUUAAUCCUUCCUGUUUCCAUCCAUGCUGAAACAGAACAAAUCACGACUGUCGAUGGACCUGUGGCCCCUCCCACAUCUGUAGUCCCGCCCCCACCUCCUGCUCCUCCAUUACCUGGUGCAACAGAGGUCACGGCACAAGCUCCUCCUCCUCCUCCUCCUCCUCCUCCUCCCCCUCCAUGCCCGACGGCACCACCACCUCUGCCCCCCCCUCUUCCAGGGGGUGGUAUAGCCCUCCCGCCACCACCUCCAAGCGUUGGAAUGGCCCCACCAUUUGGGGGCAUGCAUGAUGGACACACCGGUAACAGAAACAAGAAGCCCAUUCAGACUAAGUACCGUAUGCCUUCAUUCAACUGGCAGGCCCUCAAACCCAACCAGGUGGCUGGAACCAUCUUCAAUGAGCUGGAUGAUGAGAACGUUUUGGGGGAGUUGAACAUGGACGCAUUUGAGGAGCAGUUUAAGACCAAGGCCCAGACAGCCCCGGCUGACGUGGGGACUCUGAGAGCGAAGGUGGCCCAGAAGAUCCCCAGCAAAGUGUCCCUACUGGAGUCCAACAGGGCCAAGAACCUGGCCAUCACCCUGCGCAAGGGAGGCAUGGCCACCUCGGACAUCUGCACCGCUAUAGAGACGUAUAACCAGGAAGCUCUGAGCCUGGACUUCCUGGAGCUGCUGGAGCGUUUCAUCCCCUCAGAGUACGAAGUCAAGCUCAUCCAGAACUACGAGCGAGACGGGAGGCCCCUGGACGAGCUCCCCGAGGAGGACCGCUUCAUGGUGCGCUUUGGCAAGAUCCCACGGCUAGUCCAGCGCAUCAGCACACUCACCUUCAUGGGCAACUUCCCCGAGAGCAUCCAGCUCAUCCAGCCGCAACUCAACGCAAUCAUCGCUGCCUCAAUGUCAAUCAAGUCCUCUAGCAAGCUGAAGAAGAUCCUUGAGAUCAUCCUAGCCUUUGGAAACUACAUGAACAGCAGCAAGAGAGGAGCAGCCUAUGGGUUCCGCCUGCAGAGUCUCGACUUGCUCUUAGACACUAAGUCCACAGACCGGAAACAGACUCUGCUGCACUUCAUAGUGAGCAUCAUCCAGGAGAAAUACCCUGAGCUCCAAGCCUUCCACAGCGAGCUGCACUUCAUGGACAAGGCUGCUCUGGUGUCCCUGGAUAGUAUUCUGCAGGACGUGUGUGCCCUGAAGAGGGGCAUGGAGGUGACCAGGAAAGAGUUUGCCGUACAGGAAGACAACCCUGUGCUGCAAGAUUUCCUCACCAGCAACAAUGACCUGCUGGACUCUGUAGUAGAAGAUGGCAAGACUGCCCAGGAUGUGUAUGAAUCAACAGUGGAGUACUUUGGAGAGAACCCUAAAACCACACCUCCCUCCAUGUUCUUCCCUGUCUUCGUGAGGUUCAUCAAGGCCUAUAAGCAAGCAGAGCAGGAGAAUGAGCAGAGGAAAAAGCAGGAUGUGUUGUCCAGAGAAGGGAGGACAGGGCCACCGUCGACAUCGACAUCAGCUAAGCCUGAAAUACCACAGAAGCAGGUACCUAUGAUGCCCAAGCUGCCCCAGAUGGACCUGAUAGCGGAGCUGAAGAGGCGGCAGGUGAUCCCCCUGGUCCGGGAGGGCAAGGAUGGAGCCAUCGAGGACAUCAUCACAGCUCUAAAGGCUGUGCCCUUCACGGCUCGCUCUGGCAAGCGCUCCUCUCGCCUCUUCUGCGACUCUGGCUUCAGUGAUGAGAGCCCCACAUAA